UGCAUACACAAUAUGGAACUUGCGAUUUGUAAAACAGAGUUGCCAACUACCAGAUUUAUGCUACCAACUUCACCGGCCGCCUUCUAUCAGAAGAAUAACGCUCACUUCAGUGAGAUAUUAGGUUUCAAUACAAAUUAUUUAUUUAAUAAAAAUAAUACAAGCAAUUGUAAUAGUAGUGACAAUCAUAAUAACAACAACAAUAACAACAGUCAUAAUAAUAGUGCCAGUGUUAGUGCUACGUCUAGUCAAAUCAAUACUAAUCAAAAUAUUAGUGUUAAUAACAAUAACUCAAUUUUGAGCAAUAGCAACAACAACAACAAUAACAACACCAACAAUAGCAGUAUGCGCCUGAAAAAGAAUCGGAGAGUGACUUUCCUGAAGAAUCUGAUUGAGACAAAUAUCCGCAUCAAAGAAGAGCCCGAUGAUGGCACCAAAGACAUACCACCGCCGAUGUGCAGUUUAUCGGAUAUGUCCGAUCAUGAGGCGUCAAUCGAUGUUCCAACACAAAUUCCACCGCUCACACCAGGUACAAAUCGAAAGGUAGCCGAAGUGCUGAAAGCCUCUUUCGCUUCAUGGGAGAAGGAGGUGCAGAACUGCAAUAUUACCAAAGAUCCCCGCGAAUGGACGGAGGAACAUGUCAUCUAUUGGCUAAACUGGGCAAUCAAAGAGUUCUCGCUGGUCUCAAUGAAUUUGGAGCCGUUUAUAAAAAUGAAAGGACGUGAUAUGAUUGAAUUGGGCAAGGACAAGUUUCUAGCGAUAACGCCGCCAUUUACUGGCGAUAUUUUGUGGGAACAUUUAGAUAUACUACAGAAAGAUGUUCCAACACAAAUUCCACCACUCACACCAGGUACAAAUCGAAAGGUAGCCGAAGUGCUGAAAGCCUCUUUCGCUUCAUGGGAGAAGGAGGUGCAGAACUGCAAUAUUACCAAAG